CCACAUUAAAGCUUUAGCAAAUCCAACAGGCGUUGAUGCAGUUCUGAAGUCAUGGUCGAAAACAGUUAUCACUUCGAUGUGGUAGCCUUCAAAACAUACGUUGCCUACAGAAAUGAGUUUUAAUAUAAUGCCAGUGCGUUCCAAAUAACAGAUUUUUCUGAACGUUUCGCUAUGUAUGCCACAGCCACUUCCUCAGAAUACCUCGCUUAAUUAUUGCAAGAGGCUUCCUCCUUCAUCAAAUAGUCUAAACCCAUUCUUAUUAAAUUGUAUUCAAAGUGUCAUCCAGUAAGUAUUACGCACCCACUGUUUGGAAUAUCUUAGGUGCAAAAUAAUCUGCUAGUUUACCACCAAAGUGCUCUACCCCUGAUUUUAUUUUCGAAAAAACGUUUUUCCUAGACCGGCUUGAAUUGUUGAUUAUUUGAGUCCAUAGGAGGAACAGAAAUACUAAUGCAGUCCACAAAUCUUGAACUUUGCCUGAAAUUUUAUCCCCAAAAAUAGAUAGUAAUGACAGGAGCUGAAUUGUCUUGAUUUUAACAAUGCUUUGCUUAGUUUCAGAUCUAAGACAGCCUUUUUAACUUUAAGACGAUUUGGAGCACUGACAUCUUCAUCCUUUUCAGGUCCAAGCUGUAGGUUUGGCAUCUUGAGCAUGGGUGUAGGUCAUUUACGUCCAAUCACCUUUCUAAAAAGGAACAAAUCGUGAAAGAGGUAGGGUGUACUUUGUUACUUCUUAUUCGUAUCGGAACAUUUAAGACCCUAAUCACUUGAAGACAGGCUUUCAAUCUUACUUCCAAAAUGUUUUGCUAGUUGACAUUUUCUAAAGAUCUUCUUGGCCGUAAGGAUAGGCAGGGAAUUAUAUAAAUCAGAAAACACUCUCGUGACAGUCAUUGGAGCCUGUUUAUGUAAAUUUGGAAUAGCGUCUUACAGGAGAAUCCCUAGUUUUAUGAUAUUUCUGUGUCUGGAUCUCAUUGGUGUAACUUAUUGUGUUGUCUUAGUUAAAAACUACUUUCUCCUGCUUGAUAUUUUUUUUACUUUCGUUUUGUACUGUUUACUCACAUGCAGCAUGUUUCUUGUGUGUGAUAUCCUUAGUUGGUUGAAAUGAAAACUCUUGAAGUUGUUUUAUUUCAAUGAGAUCUGUACAAUCCUACCUAACUUCUGUCGGCUUACUAUCUGCUUACUUUAAUUCAUCACGAAGUUUUUCAUAAUGUUUCAAACAACAGCGAUGCCACUUCCUACAUUAAUGUUGAGGAAUUGGUUAAGGCAAUGGAGAAAGAUGACGAGAUAACUACCCUUUUUCCGUCCACAGAGUUUUCUGCAAAUGUGGACACAUCCACUUCAUUCUCAACAAUGUACAGCGAUACUAGCGAACAAUAUUUCACUGAAUCUUCGCUUACAUCAACUACUCAUGAUUCGAAUACACCAGAAUCCUAUUUAACAGUUGUUACUCCUCCUUCUACCAACAUUCCGAAUCAUUCCUAUUCCCCAUCAAUGGGUAAAUAUGCGAAUAUGCAGCUUGCCGAACGUGCAUCACCGCCAUAUUAUCAAAAUGAUAAGCAGCUAGGAGGUCUUCAAGAACCGAUUGAUGGUUAUGACGACGACAUAUCCUCUUUACCUCAAAAUACAAGUAGCACAACUUUCACGCCACCUGUACAUAACUCAACAACUAAGUCAACUGUAACCCAAACAUCUACUUCAAUAACUGAGUCUACCGUAACACACACACCAGGUAUAACAACCAACUCCUCGACUGGAAUUUAUUCGAACGCAACAACCGAAACAACAGAAAAAGAAGAAACAAUACCCACAGUAUAUCCAGUAACCACUGAUAGCCCUCAUAAUACGACUUCAUCUAUGCACACAACAUCUACUCCGGCCGUACCAAGUUUUGACAUACAUAAAUUUUCUUUGAAAAGCGGAAGCGCCUAUUGCUUUUUGUUACAGGCAGAAAUGGCAUUUGAAAUUUAUUAUUAUACUGAGAAAUCAUUGAAAUCGUUAAAAUUUUCUCAAAUCAAUGCUGCAAAAAUUAACAAUGAAAGUGAGUGUACGGAACAGUAUGCAAUAUUAUCAUUGGAUGUGACGCCAAGUAAUGAAAGUGGAAAUCAUACCUGGAAAUUGAAAUUUUUAUUUACUCGCAAACCUCACAAUCGUAGUGAUGGCAAUGGUGAUGCUGCUGCUGCUGCUGCUGCACCAAGUGCUUAUUCAUUUGACAAACUACAAUUCAACUAUUCUUUGGAUAAAAAUCUAUUUCCAGACUCUCUUUCACCUGGCAGAUCUGUCAGUCUGUCUAAUAACGUCAGUGUAUUUGAAAUACCAGUCGGAUCAUAUUACUCAUGUAUAAGUGGAAAUGAAUUUGAUUUUACCGAAAGUGGAAACAUGCCUAGCAGUUGUAAAGUUCAUCUGAAACAAUUUAAAGUACAGGCAUUCAUGAAUAAUACCUAUGAAGUAUUCUACGGGAAUAGAAGAUCAUGCGAUUUAGAUACUGGUGUCAAUAAUGCUGUACCGAUUGGAGUUGGUGUUGCACUAAUUAUCUGCAUUAUCGUUGCUGUAACUAUAUUUGUUAUAUUCAGCAGGCGUAACCGACGCAGUUACACUACACUGUAAAUUGUGCGGUUUAUAUCCUCUGUAUGAACUGACUUCAGAGUAUAUUAUAGUGUAAUGAUGUGUGUGCACACACGAACACGUCUGUGCAUGCAUGCAAGCUUUUUAACAUGAGGUUAAUUCAGUAGUCGGAUUUUCACGUUACUCAUUGUCAGACAAUCUGUUUUUCUGUUAUUUUCAUUCGAGCUGAUUGAUAAUGAGAUGAUGACCUACCUACCUACCACCUGCCCAUUCCCUUUUAAUAACACUGCAUUCUCGAACAAUUCAUUUGAUUACUGAUUCGAUUUUUCAAAUAAAAUACAACAAUCAACCAUACAUAAAUAAUAAACAGAUGAGUUUUCUCAGUUAUAUUAUUUGUCUUUUUUAUAAGACUGUAAGAGAGUGAGAGAGAGUUAAGAGACGAUUGCAUUCUUAAGAAGCCUUUAUUGAAUACUAUCAUGUUAUGCAUUACAUGUAACUUCCAUUCCGCCUUUUUUUCUACUUGUUUGCACUACCAAUAUUUUAUACGUAAAUAUUGUUUUUUUUUGUGUAUGUGUGUGUCUAAGUAAGACGUAUAUGGAAUAUGAUUAUCAAAACAAAACAAAAUACCUCACUUGUUUCUUCUCAAUAAAGAGGAAAGGUAU